AUGCCAAAUCUUGUAGGAUCGGGCAGCUACUCGACGGUGGUACUGGCCAAAUACCCGAAGCUCGCCGCCACCCAUCCACUCAUCGCAAUCAAGAAUAUCGAUCGACGACAAGCAGGCGACUACGUGAAGCGCUUCCUCCCACGCGAGCUCGAGAUCGUCAAAGCCAUCCAACAUCCGAACAUUUGCUCCGUCUUGGAAGUUAUCGAGCACAAUCACUACCUCUGUUUCCUCACCGAGUUGUGUGACGGUGGCGACCUACUAGAGAAAAUCAACGCGGCAAAGCGCAUUCCGGAGACCGAGGGGAAAGUACUCUUCCGACAACUGAUCGAAGCGCUCUCGUAUCUCGUUGAGAAUGAAAUCGUGCAUCGGGACCUCAAAUGCGAGAACAUCUUCUUGGACAAAGAUCAGAACAUCAAACUGGGCGAUUUUGGAUUUGCGCGCUACCUGCGGACUGGAGAGAAAUCGAAGACUUUCUGUGGAUCACGCGCCUAUGUGGCCCCCGAGAUUUUGCGCUCAGUCGAGUAUUCAGGACAUACGGUUGACAUUUGGAGCUCUGGCGUUGUGCUGUUUGUGAUGUUGACGGGAAUGAUGCCGUACGAUGAGCGAAAUGUGCAAAAGAUGAUCGACACGCAGUUGAAGCACAAAGUAAAGUUUCCUAGAUCGGUCGACCUCUCGGUCGAAGCGCGCACGUUGAUCUACGAGAUCCUGCACCCCCAUCCGGUCUCCCGUCCCACUUGCCAGCAGAUCAAGCUCUCCGAGUGGCUUAAGGCGACCCCAUACGUGAUACAUAAAGCGAAGAAAGUCAGCGUCUCUCUACCGCCCAGUGUGAAGUCCGCGCCGAGCUCGAGCUCGAGCACGACCACGAAGCCGACUCCCGACGAA